AUGGUUCCUACAAUAGCCCCGAAGAUAUCAGAUGAGUUUGAUGAUCUACGUAAUAUUGGAUGGUACUGUUCUGCGAAUCUACUAGCGGCGAGCACAAUGGAGCCGAUCUUUGACUUAAUGGACACUUGGUUCUCGCCUAAAUGGAUCCUCCUAUUGCGGUUUGCACGAACAUCCACUAUCUUGAUCGUAGGCAGAUUAAUUUCUGGGGUGGGAGUGGCCGGGGGUCUGAACGGAAUCUCUCACCUUCUGGCAAUCGCGGUUCCGCCACCUGUACUUGAAAAGCACUGUAACUUCUUGAUGGGCAUGUCAUACGAACUCUCUCGGAUUGGAGGAUUGUUUUUUGGAGCCGCGCUUGCCGAUUCCCUCAAAUGGCGCUGGUGUUUCUACCUUAUUUCCGGCUUUAUGUUACUUGUACCCAUAUUUGCGAUUCCCCUGCUUGAAGACUCAAGAGUUGUACAAGGCCGAUGGCCAAACUUCUGGAAAAUUCAACACUUGUUGGCUAUAUUGUCUUCUUUACCCACAAUUUGCUUGCUUCUUGCUAUGCAUUGGGGUAUCCGGGAUGGCUGGGGAGCCGCAAAAGUGAUCUCAUUGUUUGCUCUUGCUGGAAUAUACCUUACAUUUCGUUUCCUUUACACUUGGAAAGCUGGUCCCGCCGAAUUACACUUGCUCUGUAUAAAUAUCACGUUUGGGGCUUCGUUUUACCCUCUACUUUACCUCCUCCGUAAGUCAACGACCCUCGUUUUCGCGUCGAUUUGGCUCCAAGCUCUACAAGUAAGCAAUACUAUUGACGGAAGUGUAAUGUUCCUUCCUGCCAUAGCAACCCUCUCUGUAGGGGCCAUUCUAGGAACCAGUCACAUUAUCCCAAGGACGAUAUCGUUCAUGGAAGUCCUCUUUUUCUAUUCUUGUGUGCUUAUGGCAGUAGGAUCUGGGCUAUUAUCCACGCUUCGAGUGGACAGCGGCCAAGACAAGCGAAUAGGGUACCAGGUUCUAUUUGGUCUUGGGGCUGGUCUUGGGGCUAGCCUCGGGGUGCGCACAGCAGCGCUCUUGGAGACCAUCAAAAAUGAGCACCGAUUGGACAAUCCAUCGACUGUGCGAAGAAGCGAAGUAUGUGGAGGCGCCCUCGCAAUCGGAGCAGCGCAAGUGGUCCUCCAGACACAGCUCCUCAAAGGCGCACCGGAAGUGGCGUCACUCCUGAAGACUGGAGCUACUUCGUUUAAGAACAGCACCAGUCCAAUCCCGCCCUCAUUAUUGAUCGGCUACAAUACUGCUUUGACUCGGGCUUUUCUUGUCUCUGCUGCAGCAAGCACGUUGGGAGCUACGGUCAGAAUAGUCGUAUACAUUACACACCGGCUUUCAACACGUCAACCUCCAUCUGAAUACCUACCCAGGCCUGAUGAGCUGGAACAGGAGUAG